AUGGGAAAUGAAGAUGAUAAAGAAUUAUUAGAAAUUCAACCAAUGGUAAAUAAAAUGAAAAGUUCAAGUGAAUUUACAAAUGAUAGUACUGAUGGAGCAGUAGGAAAUAACAACAAUAAUAAUAAUAAAACAAUGUGUAAUUUUGGUAUAGAUGAGGAUUAUGAAAUACCAAUUGAUUCAAGUAUUGAUAGUAGUAAUACUACAGCUUUUGAUAAUAAUAAUAAUAAUAAUAGUUUUAUAUAUACAAGUAAAGAACUUGAAUUAUUAAAAAAUAAAGUUGAUCCAAAAAUUGCAUUUUGUAUGACAAUGCUUUCAAUUGGUUGUUUAUCACCAUUUCAUUGUUAUUUAGCAAGUUUAGAUUAUUUUAAUAUUAUUUAUCCAGAGAAAUAUAAAAUUGCAUCAACAUUUCCAUUUAUUUAUAUGACAAUGAUUACAAUUACAUUUGUAAUAUUAAUUAAAUAUUCAGAUAAAUUAAAACAUCAUAUAAUUAUAUUAUCUGGAUUUUCUUUCUAUGUUAUUGUUUUAAUUAUUAUACCAUGUUUAAAUCUUUCAAAAAUUGGUGGUUCAUUAACAAGUUAUAUCCUAACAUUAUUAUUCAUUGCAAUUACUGCUAUUUUUGAUGGUAUGAUUCAAGGUUCUGUUUUUGCAUUAGCAAGUUUAUUUGGUUCACAAUAUUUAUUAUUUUGUCAAAUUGGAAUUGGUUUAGCAGGUGUUAUAGUUGUAAUAACAAGAUUAAUUUGUAAAUUAUCAUUUAGUAAUACUAUUAAUGAUAAAGUAUCAUUAAAAAUUGGUUCACUUGUAUUUUUUUGUACUUCUUCAUUUUUAGUUAUUUGUACAUUAAUCACAUUUAUUUUAAUUUUAAAAUUACCAAUUGGUGAUAUAAUUAAAAAAAAGAAAACAAAUCAAGAUUAUAAUGAAAAUCCAAUAACACUUGAUGGGAAUAAUAAUAAUGAUAAUAAUAAUAAUAAUAAUAAUAAUGAAAAUAAUAAUAAUGAAAAUAAUAAUAAUAAUAAUAAUAUAAAUAUUGAAAUAGAUAAUUUUGAAGAGAUUUAUAGUCCAUUUAAAUUUACAUUUAAAAAGAAUUUAAAAUAUUCAGCAAUGUUAUCAUUUUUAUUUACAAUGACUUUAUUUGUAUUUCCAGGAAUUGUAAUUCAAAUUAAAAGUGAUAGAAUUGAAAGGAGUUGGUGGAUAUUUUCAUUGAUUGCAGUUUAUAAUAUAGCAGAUUCUCUUGGUAAAGCAUUGCCAUUGAUAGUUCAUAAAAAUGAUAAAAGGAUACCAUCUGUACCAUGGUUAUGGUUCAUAUCAAUUGGUAGAUGUAUUUUCAUUGUUUUUUUCAUUAUUGCUAAUUAUUAUUCAAAUAUAUUCACACAUGAAUCUUUAAUUUAUCUCUUUUUAUUUAUAUUUGCAUUUUCAAAUGGUUACAUUUCAAGUAUUGCCCUAUCCCAAAGUCCUUCAACUGUACCUCCAAAAUAUAGAGAGUUAUCUGGUAUUAUCAUGUCUUCAGCAUUAAACAUUGGUUUAUUAUUAGGUUCAGUAUUUAAUUUAAUUUUUGUUUUUGCUCAAAAAUAG